AUGUGUGUGGUGGGUGUGGAGAAUGUCUGUGUCUGCGAGGGCACACCUGGCCUCCCACCCACAGGGCUGCUGUCCCAGAGCCUGGAGUUCAGCUCUCCCGCCGACAACUACACAGUGUGCGAAGGCGACAAUGCCACCCUCAGCUGCUUCAUCGACGAGCACGUGACCCGCGUGGCCUGGCUGAACCGCUCCAACAUCCUGUACGCGGGCAACGACCGCUGGACCAGCGACCCGCGGGUGCGGCUGCUCAUCAACACGCCCGAGGAGUUCUCCAUCCUCAUCACCCAGGUGGGGCUGGGCGACGAGGGCCUCUACACCUGCUCCUUCCAGACCCGCCACCAGCCCUACACCACUCAGGUCUACCUCAUCGUGCACGUCCCCGCCCGCAUCGUGAACAUCUCCUCGCCUGUGACGGUGAAUGAGGGGGGCAACGUGAACCUGCUUUGCCUGGCUGUGGGGCGGCCGGAGCCUACAGUCACCUGGAGGCAACUUCGAGACGGCUUCACCUCGGAGGGCGAGAUCCUAGAGAUUUCCGACAUCCAGCGGGGCCAGGCCGGGGAGUACGAAUGCGUGACUCACAACGGGGUCAACUCGGCGCCUGACAGCCGCCGCGUGCUGGUCACCGUCAACUGUGAGCCCCUGGGAAUACCCCACCCCGACAUCCAGAGCCCGGACCAAGAUGGAGUCACCAGCUCCGACUCCCAGGAGACCCUCUGCAAGCACCCACCCUGA